AUGAAAGAAUAUGAAGAUUUGGAAUAUAUGACUAGAGUUAAGCUAUGUUCAAACAUCAAAGAAAAUUAUUAUUUACCUCAUCACGCAGUUUGGAGAGAGGACAGCGUAACUACUAAAUUAAGAGUGGUAUUUGAUGCAUCAUGCAAGACCACAUCGGGAGUCAGUUUAAAUGAUGUCUUGCUAAAGGAUCCUUGCAUUCAAGAGGAUCUUAUAAAUUUAUUAACUCGUUUUCGUAAGCAUAGAUAUGAAAUGACUGCUGACAUCUCCAAGAUGUACCGUCGAAUAUGGGUCGCUCCAAGUCACAGAACCUAUCAACAAAUAGUUUGGAGACCGGCCCCCGAUCAAGAAUUGCAUCAAUUCCAGUUAAAUACAAUAACGUAUGGCACAGUUCCUGCAUCGUUUCUUGCAACCGCGUGUCUACAUCGUUUGGCAGACGAAGAAUCAAAUUUGUAUCCUGACGCUUGCAAUGCAAUUAAACAAGACUUUUACAUGGACGAUUACCUGGGUGGUGCCGAAUCUCUGCAAGAGGCAAUAACAUUGCGUGACAAUAUCAUAGAAGUGUUACUAAAGGGCGGAUUCGAUCUUAGAAAAUGGACAGCCAGUGAUCCCGAACUUCUUACCGGUUUAGCAAACAAAGAAAACGAUCCGACAUUAAUCUUGGACUUAUCCGAAAAUUCAGCCAAGAUUUUAGGUCUUCGAUGGGAUCCGUCAGAUGACGUUUUCAAGUAUAGAGUGAAACUUUCGGAAAGAAAAACUAUUGUUACCAAACGUCAAAUACUAUCGGAAAUCGCGACUAUAUUUGACCCGCUGGGUCUGAUUAGCCCUGUUGUUAUUAAAGCCAAAAUAAAAAUGCAACGUUUAUGGGCGAUGGGUAUCGGAUGGGAUGAAACAUUGCCAGAGGAGACAAUGUUGGAUUGGUACAAAUUUGGUGAAAACCUAUUAUUAUUAAAUAAUUUAUUUAUACCGCGAUGUAUUGUAAUCACUGGAGAAAUUAUAGAUGUCCAAAUACAUGGAUUUUCAGAUGCGUCGAUUGAAGCGUUUGGCGCUUGUUUGUAUCUUAUAACAACAAAAAAUCAAGGCAAGCGUAGCUCACGUUUAAUUUGCGCUAAAUCACGCGUAGCACCUCUAAAAUCGAUUUCGUUACCACGUCUAGAAUUAUGCUGA